AAAGACGUUUCUGCUAGCAUGGUGGACUGCUCCGAUGUAGUGAACACUCUAUUCACGCUGGUUGCAUGCGUUCGUUUUUUCGUCUCUCCUUUGCUUUUUAUACUUGGCGUCGCUGCUAACAUGAUGGUGUUUUAUCUCUUUCUGACGAAUAAACCCAUCACUCGCUACAAUCUGUAUCCAAUUGCUCUGAGUAUCUUUGAAUCCAUCGUUCUCCUGCUCAAUGCAUUUAUUGAUGACUUCUUGGGCCGUGGCCUUUACUACUUCUCCAAUGGUAAAGUUCGUAUCAAAGUCGACACCGCUUCCUUAGCAGCAUGCCAGUUUUUCGAAUUUGCUGAAUCAUGGAGCAGUUUUGUGGCAGCAUACAUAAUGCUUGCUUUUGGAAUCGACAGAGUACUCUCCAUCGGUCUUCCCCACCGAUUUCAGCGAGAUCGCUAUAUUGGCGGGACUAUACUGAUAUAUUUUGGAAUCGUGGUGGUCGGAGCUGCACUUAGUGCUCCCAUUGCCGCAGGCUCCGAAUUGAAGUACGAAAAUCAGGCUACAACAAAAGUGUGGUUUCCAGAAGCUACGAAAAAUGUCAGUACGAUGGUAGUUUGUACGCUUAGCAUGCAUAAAGGAACAGGGUAUUACACAAAGGUGAACGUGACGGUCAUCACUUUUCUCAUUCCAACAUUUCUACUCGUAAUCAUUAACUGUAUCAUUAUUGGACAAAUGGUCAAAUUCUUGCGUCGACGAAAGAAUCUUUUCGCUGUCCAGAAUAUGCGCAGAAAAUCACAUCAAAUUAUCAGUGAUCAAGGAGAAAACAGGACGGAAUUGAGGAGGGUCAUUACAUAUCUUCUCAUUUCCUUUGUUUCCUUCGCCUGCACACUCCCCUUCACCGUUACCAUUUGCGUUCGUGCAGGCCAGGAUUCAACGACGCCACGUUGUGAGUCCAGCGUAGUCGCCGAAUUAAGUCGUCUCUUCAACUCCACCAAGGACAUUCAAUACGCCUGUCACGGGUACACAUACAUCUUUUUUUUUAAAUUCUUUCGCAACCGACUCAAGCAGAUGUGCUCGAGAAUGCAAGGAUACUGCUGCUGUAGAGUCAACAGAGUUCUGGCGAAGAAAAACCGUAACGCCGAAAUUACUCAAGUGACCCACACUAGUCCAAAGUAA